AUGUCCUCCUCGUCUGAAAUUGACCCACAAAUUGCAGAGUUUAUCUCCAUUACCAAUUCCUCCAAGAGUCUUGCGGAGCAAUUUUUGCUGAGAAACGAUAACGACUUGCUGAGUGCAGUGGAGGAUUUCUACGCCACAGUAGAAACUUCCGAUCAAUCAAGCGAGCAAUUGCACCAGCAAGAGCAACACGAGCCACCUACCUUCUCUUCGGCAUUAUCAUCCGCAUCACUAUCGUCAACAUCUCAGCCUCAAGGUCAAGGCCAAAGUCAAGGUCAAGGUCAAACCCAGCAACGUUCAGCCAAGCUGCAAAAAAAGACUCGGGGCGGAAUCACUACUUUUAGAGAUUUGAAUAAUGACGACGACGACGAUCUGGAGGAUGAAAGAACAAACCACAAUUUCUUCACUGGCGGGGAAAAAUCAGCUUUGCAAGUGGAGGAUCCAAACAAGGACCGCGGUAAGAAAGACCAGAGUAUAAUUGAUCAAAUUUUUCAAAGAGCUAGGGAUCAAAUGAACACUCCAGACGAUCGUCCGAGUGCUAGACAGCUGCAACAAGCAGGAGAAGAAAGUUUUCAUUUUUCUGGCACUGGAUUUAAAUUGGGCGAUGGUAAUGAACCUAGUGAAACUGUUGAAGACCCUCAUGCACAAGCAAGAAGUAUUUUAAAUCAAUUUAGACCCAAGAAAGUCAACAGAGAAAUUACUUUUUGGAAGCAAGGAUUUACAGUAGGAGAUAGCGCUUUGUAUAGCUACAAUGAUCCUAAGAAUCAGAGAAUAUUGAGCGAGAUUGAGCAAGGAAGAGUACCCAUUGCUAUAUUGAAUGUGGAUCCGGGUGAUGAUGUAGAUGUCACUGUCUCGAAGCGCACUGAUGAGGAUUAUGUCCCACCAAAGAGGAAAGUUGGUGGUUACCAUGGUAAAGGGCAGCGAUUGGGCUCACCAGUACCAGGGGAAGCUACAACUUCUUCACAAAGUCCUACACAAGAACAAGAGACUCCAGUAAAGGACGCGUCAAGCUCUAAGCCACCGGCGGAUGAAGGAGAGGGCGAUACUGCAGUACAAAUUAGAUUUGCUAAUGGAAAACGAGUCUCUCACAAAUUCAAUUCGAGUGAUCCAAUUACAACUGUGUACGAGUUUGUGAGAAGCCAUCCUAAUAAUGCUAAUAAUGUGGGCAGAAGUUUCAGUUUGAGUCACGCUUUUCCCGUGAAACCAAUCGACGAGUCUAACGAGACGAGCGUUGCAGAUGCAAAGUUGAAAAAUGCAGUCAUAGUCCAGAGAUGGAACUAA